ACGAUGUCGAGUGCGCAGCAACACCUCGACGCGCUCAUCGCCCAGCUCGUGCCCCACGCGCGAACGGACGAUGCGCUGCGGCGGGAGCUUACUGCGCAAUGCCAGGAUAUUCUAUCAAGUCAUAUCGGCCAGUCCCGAGAGCAAGAUCUUGGCUACCUUGCCGAGCUCGUCAAACGACGACUGACUCAAUCAGCGCCUGGAUCUUCCACUGCGCCGCUCCAAUUCACAAAUCUCCUCUCUCGUCUGCUCGAUCAACCUGUCCUCUCUAAGAAAUACUCCACGGUCCUCUUCCUACAUACCCUCGCCACGAAUUUCAGACCAGAAUCCGACUCACGACCGUUCUUGCCCUCGCUUUCCGUUCCACCACCAGUAGCAAGUCGUCCAUCGUCAACGCGACCGACGUCUGCCGUCGGAACGCCUGCAACACCGUCUCCUGCUGAUCAGCCCACUACACGAAAGGCCAAAACCAAGGCGGAUAUCUUGCGGGAAUACCGCGCCAAGGCUGGUAGAUCGCACCUUCCUUCGCAUCUUCUACUACGCGACACGCUAUAUCUGCUGCAAGGCAUAUCUGGCAAAUAUCUUCGAUUAUCUACAUCUGAGGACGAUGUCAACACCAUAGUCUUUGUGGAUGAUUCCCGAUGCAUUAUACCCCCUCCGACUCGCACCCUCAUACAUCGCCUUGCCGAAGUCGGCCAUCUAUAUACCCGGGUCGAUGCGUUCGUCCGCUCUCACCAGACGGAUGGGUCUUCUAAAGUCGGAAUGAUAGCACAGAGCCUCUGCCACCACCUCCAGACCCAGUUGACAGAAUAUUAUCGUUUGAUUGCCGUGCUGGAAUCGCAAAUGGCAUUCGCCACCAAUAUUGAUGUGGACGACCAAGAGAACCCAAGAAAUGAAGAAAGUGGGCUGACCUUGAGGAGACUGGACGUGUGGAUUAAUGAAUGGAGACUACGUAUGCGCAUGAUGAGCGUGUGCGUCGAAGGAGCCCGCGAUGCCCAUGGAGGCGCCCUCGUUAAUCUCAUCCACUCCUACACCGCUACCGGUGACCCAUUCAUUCGCCAUUUCACCGACCAGCUCCUCGAGGAGGUUUCUACACCCUUCUUCGCGACCCUCCAUAAAUGGCUAUUCUCCGGGGAACUCCACGAUCCCUUUUCCGAGUUUUUUGUCGCUGCCGAUCCCGACCUGUCCUCUGUUAACUACGUUCACCCGUCUGCCCUUAAUGGUGGACUAGGUCAGACCUCUGCUGACGGACUUGGUGGCCUCGGUGGGUUUGGUGGAGGAGUAACAUGGGGUGGUGAAACAGAUGAGACGAUGGAGAGGGAGGGGGGGCUGAGGCUUUGGGAGAAUAAGUACAGGUUCAGACGGGAGAUGCUGCCGACGUUCGUGGACGAAGCGUUUGGCAAGAAGAUCUUCUCCACGGGGAAGAGCUUGAACUUCAUUCGCUAUAGCUGCCACGAUAAUGACUGGGUAGCAACGAGGGAGAAGCUGGGCAAUGCCGGCGCCACGUUGAAAUAUAGUGACAUCUCCGGACUUGAACGUUCGAUCGACACAGCCUACCAGAUAGCAAGUCAGAGGCUAUUCGACGUGUUCUUCGACAAAUUCAGAUUGCUGGAUCACCUUCGUGCGCUGAAGAACUAUCUUAUGCUCGGCCACGGCGAUUUUGUGGAUCAGCUCAUGGAUGCGCUUGGGCCAUCCCUCGCUCGUCCCGCCAACACUCUUUAUCGCCACAACCUCACAGCGACUCUCGAAACUGCUAUUCGCUCGUCCCUGGCCUGCAACGACCCCCCUGACGUCUUACGGCGGCUCGAUGUACGCAUGCUUGAGUACUCCCAUGGGGAAAUUGGGUGGGACGUUUUCACCCUGGAAUACAAGGUGGACGCGCCCAUUGAUGCGGUCGUCGAUCCGGACGCAAUGAUCAAAUACCUCAAGCUAUUCAACCACCUCUGGAAGAUGAAACGAAUGGAGAACGUGUUGAACACCGGAUGGAGCCGUUGCGUGGGCGACGCGAAGUCCUUCCUGACUGUACCAGAGCUUGAGCACGAGUGGCAUCAAAUUCGCAUCGUUCUUGCGGAGAUGAUUCAUUUCGUCCGGGAAAUGCGGGCCUACUGUCAAUUAGAGGUCAUCGAGUGCUCGUGGAAGGUCUUGCUGGAUUUCAUACAGAAGAAAGAGGGUGAUCUCGAUGCACUCAUCGAGGCGCAUCGGAGCUAUCUUGAAAGAAUGGUCAAGAAAUUGUUGUUACUUAGUCCCAAAGCGGGGAAGGAGGAGAACGUAUUGCAACAAGUACGAGAAAUAUUUUCCACCGUCAUACAGUUCAGGGACGCUACGGAUAAUUUCUAUAACCACUGCCUCUCUGAAUCUGCACGGAGAGAUACUGUCCGAGAUGCGGCUCGCGGAUUAUACACCGGGCGGGUCACGCCCGAUGAACAUAAUCGAGCCGAACAACUUGCUGGGAUUGUGGAUCGCGUCAGGGAAUAUGCAUCGGCAUUCUCUCAGCAAGCGCAAGCCAUCGUGCAUUCCUUGCAGACCCAUCCUGAUCUCGACUGCCGAUUUCUGGGCAUUCGCCUCUCGUUCUCUCACUUCUAUGGCACUAAACAGCAGAUGUAUCAACCAAAACCGUGA